AUGAACGAAAAUCAACAGGAGGAGAGCAUAAAUAGUGAUGAAUUAGAUGAAAUACUCGCAGAAAAUAGCUUCACUAGUGAUCAAAAGACAAACUCUCCUCCAGAAUCUAUUUUAAUUUCCAAUAUUCCAAAACAAAAAUCGUCACCAAAGAUAUCUAAUACAAAUACGAAACGAAGAAAACCAUUUAUAAGUAGAAAAAUUGAUAUCGAUGAAAUAUUGAACAAUAUUCCGACUAAUAUCGAAAAACCUGAAUUACAAAUUGCACCGAUUCAAACAAAUACACAAGAAAAUCCACCAUCACCUCAAGUUAUAACAAUUCCGAACACUCUUUUACAAGUAAAUCAACAUAUCGAAGAUUAUUUAAAAUCCAAAUUAUUUUCAUUUAAAAUAGAUUUUCUAAAUGCUGUAAACGAUUUACUUGACAGGAGUAACGAUAUAUCUCUCAUUACAAAUGAUUUUCUCCUUCAUUUAAAAGACGAUAUCAAAGAAAAUAUAUCAUUUUCUAUUAAAACAGACCAUGGUAUCUCUAUUGAAGAUGACUUACUGCAAUAUCAACCAUUAAUUAAGAAUUCAAUUAAUUCUAAGUUAUAUAAUUAUGAUACACAGUCAAUUAUACAUUCUCAUAGUUUAAUUAAAGGCUCUCAACCAAUAUUGGAUGAUUUUAAUCAAAUGAAGAAUGAUCUAAUCUCAACAAUCAAAAAAUCAAUGAAAUAUGAAAAAUAUAAUAAACCAAAACAAGCAAAUUUAGAGAAAUUGAAAUCUAAAAGGAUGGAUUUAGAAGCACAGCUAGCAUUUAUUGAUUUGGAAAUUGCCCAUGCUAAAGAUUGCACAGAAAAAUUGCAAAAAUUAAGAAACCAAAAUUCUUUUUCAAAUAAUUUAUACGAAGAUGAAGAAAAGUCUGAUUACAACACUGCAUUUAGUCUUCUGAAAGAGUUAAAUGAUGAAAUACAACACGAUUCAUCCAAAGUUUGCAGUAUUCUACAAUCAACAUCUCAUGAUAAUGAAAUAGAGUUUAAAUCAAUGAUGGAUUUGACAUCUGAUUGGAUUGAUGAACUUUUGACUAGUUUUGAUUCAUUAUCUUCACCUCUUCCGUCUCCAACAUCACCACGACGUAAAACAAGAAUAUCUAUGACAGAUGAAUAUGAUGAAAGCAGCGAUGACAGAGAAAACAAACUAAAAAUCAAUCAUGCAAAAAGUUUGAAUAGUUUUAGAGGAAUAAAAACUCCAACAAGAGAUAUUUAUGACAGGAGAAGACAGAACGAAACAGAAAUAUUCAAUGAUAGUGAUUCUUUUACUGAUACUCUAAAUCCAAAUCUCAUUAACUUCGCCAAAUCAUAUUCACACAUAAACUACGUUUAG